AUGUCUCAUCCAACACCAGAGGACACAGAGGAGAGAAGCCCCAUAUUUGUGGGGAAUUUGGGUGAGGCUUCACAGAUAGAGUAUACAGAAUUAGUAAAGAAAAUGAUUCAAUGGUGUGAAAGCCAAUUGUUUCUAGUUUUAAAAAGGCAGAAGCAAAGAAGUGGAGGCUGGAUGCUGGGUUCAGAUGUGCUGUGCAGGGACAGGAUCAAGCAAGAUCCAGAGGAACGAGCUGGGAAUGUGAGGGUCACGGUAGCUGGAUGCACUAAGACACCAGAAGGGAAAGGCAUUAUUUCUAGGGAAUCUACGGGACAUGGUGACCUUCCUGAUGUAGCUAUAAUCUUGUCCACCAAGGAGUGGCCAUGCUUGGAUGCCUCUCAGAUAAAUCUCUAUAAAGACGUGAUACUGGAAACCCACAAGCACCUGCAGUCAGUAGGUGAGAAGCUGCCCUGGGACCUCUGCUUCUGGAUUCAAGUGAGGAAUUCAAGUCUCAGUGCACACCAGAGAACACACUCAGGGGAAAAGCCAUCUGUUUGCACAGAGUGUGGACGAUGCUUCACUUUGAGUUCAAGUCUCAUCACACACAGUAGGACACACUCUGGAGAUAAGCCCCAUGCUUGCAGGGAGUGUGGGCGAGGCUGAACUUGGAAGAGAAACUUGAUAACUCACCAGAGGGCGCACAGAUGUGAGAAACCCCAUGUUUGCGGGGAGUGUAUGCGAGGUUUCAGUCAGAAGGCACAUCUCAUCACACACCAAAGAAUACACUCAGGAGAGAAGCCCCAUGUUUGCAGGCAGUGUGGGCGAGGCUUUAGUCAGAGGACAAAUCUCAUCAGACACCAAAAGACACACUCAGGAGAGAAGCCCCAUGUAUGUAAGGAGUGUGGGAAAGGUUUCAGUCUCAAGUCAAAUCUCAUAACACACAAGAGGAUACACACUGGGGAGAAGCCCCAUGUUUGCAGGGAGUGUGGGCGAGCUUUCAGUCAGAGGUCACAUCUCAUCAGACAUGGGAGGACACACACUGGAGACAAGCCCUAUGUUUGCAGGGAGUGUGGGCGAGCCUUCGGUUGUAUAGCAAAUCUCAUCACACAUGCAAAGACACACACAGGGGAAAAGCCCCAUGUUUGUAGGGAGUGUGGGCAAGCCUUCAGGUUGAGGUCACAUGUCCUCAGACAUGAGAAGACACACAGUGGAGAGAAGCCCCAUGUUUGCAAGGAAUGUGGGCGAGGCUUCCAUUACAGUUCUGGACUUAUCAGACACCAGAGGGUACACACAGGAGAGAAGCCCCAUUUUUGCAGGGAGUGUGGGCGAGGCUUCAGUCUGAAGUCAUCUCUCAUAACACACAAGAGGGUACACACUGGAGAAAAGCCCCAUGUUUGCAGGCAGUGUGGAAGAGGCUUCCGUCAGAGGUCACAUCUCAUUAACCACGAGAGAACACACACUGGAGAGAAGCCUCAUGUUUGCAGGGAAUGUGGGCAAGGCUUCAGUCAGAGGUCAUAUCUAUCAACACACAAGAAAAUACACAGUGGAGAGUGGCCUCAUGUUUGCAGGGUGUGUUGGCAAGGCUUCAGUAGGAGGUCACAUCUCAUCACACACCAGAGGGUACACACUGGAGAGAAGCCCCAUGUUUGCUGUGAGUGUGGACAAGGAUUCAGGCAUAGUUCAAGUCUCAUAAAACACAAGAGGACACACUAA